AUGCGGGAGCAAAUUCUCCAAAAUGAUGAUCUGGUGCUCUACGAAGAGUUGGGCCGGCGCCCGACGUGGAAUCAGAAUCUCCUCGGUACCUGGCACCACGUCACAGCGGACCCAAAGAAUAUACAGGCUAUACUUGCGACGCAAUUCAAGGAUUUUGAGCUUGGCCCUUUCCGGCGUAAUAUGUUCAAUCCGGUUAUUGGGAAAGGCAUCUUUACUACCGAUGGAAUGGAUUGGCAACACUCUCGCUCCCUCCUUCGUCCCCAAUUCACUCGAGGUCAAGUUGCCAAUCUGGAGCUGGAGGAACGUCACGUCCAACACCUCCUCGAUCGGCUCCCAAUUCAAUCCGACUCGUGGACAUGCACCGUGGAUUUGGCGCCCUUGUUUUUCAAUCUGACUCUUGACUCCGCAACUGAAUUUCUCUUUGGACAGAGUGUAAAUUCCCAAAUUGCUUCAUCGAAAGAAUAUCAGGGUCUCAAGCCUGGGGAAUCUACACAAGAUGGUCUGCCCGACGGAUACUCCUUUGGUCAGGCGUUUGACCGAGCCAAUGGAGUGGUUGCAUACCGAGGUAGGUUGAUGAGUCUGUACUUCCUCUACAAUCCGGCACAAUUUCGCAAAGACUGUGCAGAGAUCCAACGCUUUGCCCGUUAUUAUGUCAACCUUGCUCUUACUGGGGGCCUGCAGUCGGGGGAGGACAAAUCAGCCCCAGGGGACCAGAAUGACUCUGGCUAUGUAUUUCUUCGGGAAGUUGCCAAGGAAACAAAAGAUCCCGAAGAGCUUCGUACCCAACUUCUCAACAUUCUACUGGCAGGUAGAGACACUACUGCAGGUCUUCUAGGAUGGACGUUCUAUCUACUCUCUCGUCAUGUGGAUGUUUACGAAAAGCUGCGUACCGUUAUCAUUGAAACAUUUGGGGGGUUCUCCGGUAACACGACUAUUACUUUCGAGUCCCUGAAAUCAUGUUCCUACCUGCAGAAUGUUUUGUCUGAAGUUCUACGACUCCAUCCAGUUGUCCCUGAGAAUGGCCGCCGCGCGGUCCGAAACACCACGCUCCCUCGAGGAGGCGGCCCAGAUGGUACAUCGCCAGUCUACAUCCGCGCUGGAGAGGAGGUUGCCUACAACGUGCAUGUUAUGCAUCACCGGAAGGAUAUCUGGGGGGAUGAUGCGGACGAAUUUCGCCCUGAAAGGUGGACCGGACGCAAACCGGGAUGGGAGUUUUUGCCAUUUAACGGUGGACCGAGGAUUUGCUUGGGACAGCAAUUUGCCCUCACAGAGGCUGGAUACGUCGUCGUGCGGAUGCUUCAGCGAUUUGACAGAGUGGAAAACAUGGACAUGUCAACUGUUGUCAAACAUAAAUACACGUCGACAACUGCCCCAGUUCAGGUCCUCGUGCGGCUACAUGGCAGUUCCCAAUAG